AUGGAAGCACAGUAUUUGAGAACUACAGCACCUGCUUACGAAGGACCGGCUUACUGGAACGACUCCUUCAUGGAGUACGCUGACACCAUUGGGGGCCUCCAGUUCACGACAGCAGAGGCGUCCAUGCUGGCGGACGUGAUCAAAAGCGUGCGACGAGCGUUUACCACCAGCAGCGAUCGUGACACACCAGCCGACUCGCCGCAAGAUCAACGACCCAGCGAGCCAGAACGGUAUACUCUGAUCACGCAACCAGUACGUUCUGAACAACACAGAGUCUCGAAGCAGCAACGCCGAGCUAUCGACAGGACCAAGUGGAAUCGCAGCAAGUCCAGGUCCAAGUCAGUCACUGGCGAGGCCAGCAUCUCGGAAGCAUGGACUCGCCAUCAAGAACGACAGAGUGUGUGGACUGAGCCAGAUGUACUUCCGCAGACUCGUGCAUCGUCGACUCCUAUCGAAGCAGGUUGCCUCGCACCUGCCUUACUUUCUAGAGAUUCCUCCGAUGAAGCAGCGCAGCCUGAAGUUCCAGAUUUUUCCAUCUCGGAUCUCGAAGGCGAUCUUUGGCCUCAGACAUUUAUCUCGGUACCGUGGUCUUGA